CUCAGUGUCUUUCGAAGAGUCGCUAGAACCAAAUCACAAAAUGUUAUUUCUUAUAUAUUUGGUAAUCGCGAUAUCAGCUUUGGUGGUGUAUCUGCUGCACCGCAACAUGAACUACUGGAAGAGCCGGGGAAUACCUCAAGAUCCCCCGCAUCCGAUCUAUGGAAAUUUGGUCGGAUUCAGAAAGACUAGCGUAUUACAUAAUGCAUUGAACGAAUACUACAACAAAUUCCGAAAGACGGGUCACCCGUUUGUGGGUUUUACCUUUGUUCAAAAGCAGAGCGCAUUCAUAAUGGAUAUCAAAUUGGCAAAGAAUGUUUUGAUUAAGGAUUUCACGAACUUUGCCGAUCGUGGACAGUUCCACAAUGAACGCGACGACCCACUCACUGGGCAUCUCUUCAAUUUGGAUGGCAAACGUUGGAGAGAGAUGCGACAGAAGCUUUCGCCCACUUUUACUUCUGGCAAGAUGAAGUUCAUGUUCCCGUCUGUUAUCAAAGUGUCCGAGGAAUUCGUUAAGGUUAUGCAGGAGGAAGUCCCAGCUAAGUCUGGAGGCGAUAUCAUCGAAAUUAAGGAUCUGAUGGCUCGGUUUACUACCGAUGUCAUAGGCACAUGUGCCUUUGGUAUUGAGUGCAACACCCUGCGCACACCCAUAUCUGACUUCCGAAAAAUGGGACAAAAGUCCUUCACUCAGUUGCGACAUGGAGCUUUCCUAACCGCAUUUCAGUUCAGUUUUCCCAAUGUCGCCCGAAAACUCCGUAUGCGCUUGAUUCCCGAAGAUGUUCACCAGUUCUUUAUGGGAUUGGUUCAGGAAACAAUAGCGUACAGAGAGAAGGAAAAAAUCAAGCGGAACGACUUUAUGGAGAUGCUCAUCGAGCUGAAGCAGAAGGGCAGCUUUACAAUGGACAACGGCGAAGUAGUCACAGGAUUGGACGUUGGUGAGCUGGCUGCCCAAGUCUUUGUCUUCUAUUUGGCGGGCUUUGAGACCUCCUCAUCAACCAUGACCUAUGGUCUAUAUGAGCUGGCCCAGCAUACCGAUAUUCAGGAUAAAUUAAGAGAAGAUAUUAAGGAUGUUCUGCAACAACAUGAUGGAAAACUGACCUACGAAAGCAUUAAAGCUAUGCGAUACUUGGAUCAAGUUAUUUCAGAAACUCUUCGUCUGUACACUAUUAUACCUUUCCUCGAACGCAAGGCCCAGAAUGAUUAUGUUGUUCCUGGGCAUCCAAAAUACGUCAUAGAGAAGGGCACUCAGGUUAUAAUACCAGCUGCUGCCUACCAUAGGGACGAAGAUUUGUAUCCGGAUCCCGAGAAAUUCGAUCCGGACCGUUUCUCUGCCGAGCAAGUGGCAGCUCGUGACUCGGUUGAGUGGCUGCCAUUCGGCGAUGGUCCCAGAAAUUGUGUGGGCAUGCGUUUUGGCCAAAUGCAAACACGUAUUGGCCUGGCCCAGCUGAUAACGAACUUCAAGUUUUCGGUGUGUGACAAAACUGAUAUUCCGCUCAUCUAUGAUCCCAAAUCGUUUGUUCUGGGCACAAUCGGCGGCAUAUAUCUGCGUGUGGAGCGUGUUAAGAAUUAAAAAAAAAACUGUCA